AUGACGGCAGGCCGUCUGAAAGGAACGUCGGCGCAUGACGUGGCGGCCAUGGCUGGCAUUGGAAAGCAUCUGCGGAUGAGUCCUUCCGAAGUAACUGAGUCGACGAUCCUCGGCGAUCUGGGAAAGGACGACCAAAUCGAUGGGGCAUCGGGAGGAUCGACCAUCUUCUCCCCGCCUUGUUCUUCAUCGAUCAUGCGCAUCUCGCUGGCGGCGGGGGCCGUGGCCGCGCUCGACGAUUCGUAUAUGCGCACUGGUCAUGUGUCGCUCCUCAAGACGGCCUGCUGGUGA